UGAACUCUCUCCCGUGCGCGCACCUCCAGCUGACAGAGGUCAUCGGUGUGCAUGCUUAGAGAGCUUUAGUGCAUAUAGGCACAGUGGAUGGAUACGACCAAAUAAUGGCUAAAGAGCAAGGCGAAAGGAAAUUGUAGUUCUUUUUUUCCUUUCUCCCCCCCCCCCCCCCCCCCUUUUUUUUAAGACGGUGCACUGUGCAAUUACGCAGAAAGUGACUUGCAUGUAAACGUAACUUAGCGGACUCAAAAGAGGUGACUCGAGCAGCUAUGGCUAUUCUGAUUACCACCACUUUGAUCGUUUUUGUAAAAGCGGCUCUUUAUGUGACAUUUACACGCGGCAUGGAAGCUGACUUCUGCAAACCAGUACGCGUGGAUCCCCGUGUGCAUGGAAAACAUUUACAAAUGAAUGAAAGACAAGUUAUUUUUAGGAUAAAUGCGUUCAAACGGGAAUUUUACCUCCACCUCCAGCCGGAUUCUAAUUUUCUCGGAGCGGGUAGUGUGAACCCAUUCGAGCCCAACGCAUCAACACCUGCAGACCUCAGGAAAUGCUUCUACUCUGGUAAUGUCAAUUUACAGCCGGACUCAUUUGCAGCGCUAAGCCUGUGUAAAGGUAUUAACGGGGUUUUUUACGAGAAGGGCAUGGAGUAUUUCAUCAGCCUCGCAAGAGGUGAGGAUGGAGCAGCCGAAGCUGGGGACUCUUCAUCUAAGACGCACGUCAUCCACCGCCGGAGAAGCUCUGCGCCUUUGGUCGGCAACUUCACCAGCAGGUGUGGAGUGACACCUGACUCCAACUUCAACACGUCCCUGGAAAAAUACAAGCAUAUGAGUGAAGUGGGGAUUGGAAGCUCGUCUGAAACUGUUUUGGAAAGCCUGGGGAGGUCCAAAAGAUUUACCUCCAUCCCCAGGUUUGUGGAGGUGCUGGUGGUGGCAGAUCCAUCCAUGGAUUCAUUUCACGGGGAUGAGCUGAAACAUUACCUCCUGACACUCAUGUCAGUGGCAGCCAAGCUUUACAAGCACCCCAGCAUCUUAAACUCCAUCAACGUAGUGGUUGUGGGCUUUGUGGUGCUAAAGGAAGACGACAGGGGGCCAAAGAUUUCAAGUAAUGCUGCCCUAACUCUGCGCAAUUUCUGCUCCUGGCAGAAGAAGUUAAACAAACACAGCGACAAGCAUCCAGACUACUGGGACACUGCUAUCCUCUUCACCAAACAGGAUCUUUGUGGGGCCACAACUUGUGAUACACUGGGGAUGGCUGAUGUUGGGACCAUGUGUGACCCCAAGAGGAGUUGCUCUGUCAUUGAAGAUGAUGGCCUGCCGUCAGCAUUUACAACAGCCCAUGAACUCGGUCAUGUCUUCAACAUGCCCCAUGACAACGUGAAAGCAUGUGAGGAGGUCUUUGGGAAACUAAACGACAACCACAUGAUGUCCCCAACUUUAAUUCAGAUCGAUCGGAGUCGUCCCUGGUCUGUGUGCAGUGCAGCCAUCAUUACUGAAUUUCUGGAUCGAGGUCAUGGAGACUGUCUGCUGGAUCAGCCCCAGAGGCAGCUGUCUCUCCCAGAUAACCUGCCCGGCUCCAGUUACAGUCUACAUAGUCAGUGUGAACUGGCUUUUGGGGACGGCUCCAAGCCUUGCCCCUACAUGCAGCCCUGCUCCAAGCUGUGGUGCACAGGGAAGGCCCGUGGACAGCUGGUCUGUCAAACCAGACACUUUCCCUGGGCAGAUGGCACCAGCUGUGGCACUGGCAGAGUGUGUUACCAAGGGGCCUGCACUGAAAGGAACACUACGCAGCAUAUCAAGGUGGAUGGUAGAUGGGGUAAGUGGGGCGCAUUUGAAGAUUGUUCCAGAACUUGCGGUGGAGGUGUUCAGUUGGCCAGGAGAGAGUGUAACAACCCAAUCCCUGAGAAUGGAGGCAAAUACUGCUACGGCCUUCGAAUUAAGUAUCGCUCCUGCAACCUCAACCCUUGUCUUGAUGCAGUGAAGAGUUUCCGUGAAGAGCAAUGUGAAGCGUUCAAUGGCAUAAACCUGAAUACCAACAGACUGGGCUCAUCCGUGGUCUGGGUUCCAAAAUAUUCUGGCAUUUCCCCAAAGGACAAAUGCAAGCUCAUCUGCCGUGCCAAUGGGACCGGUUACUUCUACGUCCUUGCCCCAAAGGUUGUUGAUGGGACACCCUGUUCACCGGACUCCACUGCUGUAUGCGUUCAGGGGAGAUGCAUUAAAGCAGGCUGCGAUGGGAAGCUUGACUCCAAGAAAAAAUUUGACAAAUGCGGUGUAUGUGGCGGUGACAACCAGCGCUGCAAGAAGGUCUCCGGAAUGUUCACAAAACCCAUUCAUGGCUAUAACUUUGUGGUGAUGCUGCCUGUUGGUGCAUCAAACAUCGACAUUCGCCAGCGGGGAUACCGAGGGAUCGUCAGUGAUGAAAACUACCUAGCAGUGAAGAACAGGCAUGGGAAGUACCUGCUGAACGGUAACUAUGUGGUGUCGGCUGUGGAGCGUGACCUGAUGGUGAAGGGCAGCCUGUUGCGCUACAGUGGCACUUCAACAUCUGUGGAGAUUCUUCAGUCCACUAGGCCGCUUCAAGAGGCGCUGACAGUGGAGGUGCUCUCAGUAGGGAAGAUGACCCCUCCCAGGGUGCGCUACUCCUACUAUCUUGCCAAAGAGAGUAAGGAGGAAAAGACUUUACAGAAAGAAGAGAAGAACCAUGCGGCCCAUAAUAGCAUCCUAUUGAAUGGCAACAAAGUAGAAGCCAAAAAAAGGGUGAUGGGGAAGCAGCCAGUAAAUCACUGGGUGACCAGAAGCUGGGAUGCAUGCACAGUGACAUGCGGUAGCGGCUUGCAGAAGAGGCUGGUGCAGUGUCAGAACAUGGAUGGGAAUCCUGCCAUUGGUUGCGACAGUGCUGUCAGGCCUGUUGCCCUGAGAGCGUGUGGAGAUCCAUGUCCCAUGUGGGAUGUCGGGGCCUGGUCUCACUGCUCCAAGUCCUGUGGCAGGGGCUUUAAACGGCGGCCAGUGAGUUGCAUGACUGAGAAUGGUCUUAAUCUGCCAAGAGACCACUGUUCCGGAAGAAGGAAGCCUCAGGAGCUAGAUCUCUGCUAUCUGAGACAAUGUUAAGGCUGAGUCAAAUCGCAUUUGAGACAUGCCACAUCAUUCUCGAAGUAACUCAGUGGUUUUUGUUGGUUGAAAAUAGACUCAAAUGCACCGUUACUGCAUCUGACCGCGUGUUAGACCAACAAAAUAAAGUCACUGAUGGCAAAGAGGGUCUUCCUCAGAUAUUCUGUUUACAGAGAAACCUGUUUUGCUCUCCUCAACUGUCUAACCAGCUGAGGCAGGUUGGACUUUUUGUAAGUCUACCUCUUCCGGGACAUGUGAAAUACUGUAUGCCUCUCCAUCCAAAGGUGGUACCGAGCAUACAUGAGAGGAUGUGUUAAGAGCAGAAAACAAUGAAAGUUCAGCCAAACCAAUAAGAUUUAGAGCAUUGAGAGAGUCUGCUUGAACCCUUUGCUGUUAUUAGAAAAAAUGUGUAGCCUGUGAAAUAAGUUUUUUUUUUUUUCUCAUUUUAGCGGCGAAACCGGUGGAAAUGUGAAACACAGUACUGUAUUGGAAAUAUUUCACUGAAAUGUAUUUUCCUGUGUUCUUCGUUUCAGUACUAUUGGCUACUAAACGAUUAUCUUAGGCUAGACUGCGAGAGUUACACUGUAGGUCUAACUGUCUCAUUCUGAUUUAGUGCCUAUAUCAGAUUCUUUUGACGAUUUACAUAUAUUUUCGAGUUACCCAUCUAUGAUAUCACCAUUUACAUUUACAGAACACCUCUAACAACACAAAAUGCACAUAAACAAUUACACAAGCAUAUUAUUUAGUUGACCACGAAUGACUCUUUCCAUCAUUGAGUUAAAUAAAUGCAGGUGACCUCUACAUUGUUUUCCUUAUUUAAGGUCCAUGCACCGCUAAUGUACCAUGUUUAGACCAUAUUUAAUGCUCUCUUUUUCCGCUAUAGAUUUGAUUUACAUUGGGCAUCUUAGUUUGUUGUUGCUGUUUUUUUUGUGUAGAGGCCCACAUAUACUUCAUCGAUUGGUGUAUUUCAAUGUCAGCCUUACAUUGACAGGAUAUAUACGAUCUGUCUGUUUACAUUGCAGUCCCAUUGGCAGAUGUCUGUCAUAUCAGAUUUUUAUCCCCAUCUGAGGAUGUCCAAUUCCAUCUCUUUCUUUUUCUCUCCACGUGCGAUGAUGUAUAUCUGAGGUGGAUCAUAGGGCAGGGAAAAAUUGUGUCAUCUUCACAUCUAGUGAAAAAGACAGAAGCGCAGUCACCAUCUGAUGAGAACGACGUAAUUCCAAUUUUCUUGCAGUCGAUCACGUUAUUUGAAUCAUUAAAUUCAAAGAAAAAGGGAGUUGAAAUUUUUUUAUUUACAGGCAAAGAGCAAAUGUCAAUGCCAAAGGUCCGGCAGUAAAUGCGGACUGCUUGUAUAUGACCAUCUGUGUUCAUUCAGAAAUGAGCAAGCUGACACUAAGUUGCUUGUUCUGUGCCACCAAAAAGCUAUGACCUUGGUGACCUUGAGCUGGGCCUUAGUAUUUUGAAGGUGGAAGAAGAACCACCACAUACCAAGCAGAAUCAACUUGAAGGUAUGGUUGCCAGUUCCAAUGCUUUCUAGUGUUCUAAUUAAGAGAUACUUUAUAAGUGAUUAAUAAUUUCUUAAUACAUGGUAGUCUUUAAAACCGGCGUGGCUCCUUCAUAUACUGUCCCUAAUCUCUAAGGUAUCUAAGAAAACAUAUUUUUUAAAUUAUGAAUUAAUAUUUAUUCAGAUGUUUGUAGGUAUCAAACUGAAACAGUAUUCACAGCAUAAUUUACUCUUAUUUUGUUUUGAAUUUCAAGUCAUACAUUUUCAAUUGAUUAGUCAUAAACAAAAUAAUAGGUAAAAGUGUUGACAUUGGCUCCAUUGUUGUGGGUAAAUUGCUUGUGGCUGCUGUCUUUUCUGCAUGCUCUUUAGAUCGCUAAAUCAUGUUGCUGUUUCUUCGUUUUAAAAGCCUGCUGUAUGUCCAAUGCAGACAAUGCAAAGCCAUGUUGAUGCAUGAAUUUGAAGGGAACAUGAACCUAAAACCACACUCAAUCCAUAUAAGAUAUACUAUUUUGCAUUCCAUGUUACCAUUUUGCUUUUUUUUUUUUUUUGAAGGACUGUUUACAUUUCAUUGGGGAAACAUUGGCGUUCAUGUCAUAUGAGCUGUAAAAAUUGUCACUGUAACUCCAUGAUUUGUAUCCAUGGCGCAGAAAUGUUCUUUUAUAGAAGGUUAAAGGAGACCAUUUUCACCUUGUCUGUUGUCUUUUUUGGUUUAGGGAGACAAAUCAUAGCAUCUAAAAGAUGGCAAUGUACAGUUAAUGUCGUGUAUUAAAGAUAUUAUUUCCGUUCUUUUGUAUUGUAUACUAUGUAUACAUUUAUCUUGAUGUAUAAAAUAAACUAAAUAUAUACUGUACAUAUAUGAAUAAAAGACGUGAUGCACAUUC